AUGAAAGCUGCGAAGGCUAUUCGGAAAGGCAGUUUUAGCCUCAGCUCGAACUACAAGACUGAGGAGUUUGUGAACACACCUAAGCUUGUGGAGAGAUCUGCCAGCGUCAAACAGGAAAAGAAGCACCCGUUCUCUUAUCUGAGAAUAGAUGAAACCAGUUCGAAAAAGCCGGCCACUACGAAAGAAGCGCUCGCCAUAAUUGAGAACACUAUCGGUGUGUGCGAGAAUCUACCGAGAUGCCGGCUCACGAAACGGGUCAAUCUCAACACCAAGGCGUCCAGCAUGCCUGGCAUGACAAAGCGAGAGGGCUGA